AUGGAACUCCAGCUGCACAACUCGAUCGAGGAUCUUUAUGACAAACUUUUCCAGGUUAAUUAUCCUUCACCCGGUAAGCAGCGAUCGGACCACAGCCAAGCUCCAUGGCAGAGCCGCUUGCGCUCCGUGGUUAGCAUCCCGCAACCACGCCGUACACAUUCACGCUCCCUGAACAUCAUCCCAAUGACUCCCAACAGAUCGCCAGCCUCAUCUUCACCAAGAAGAUCUGUAGACCAUAGGAGCUACAAUCACCUACUCCGCUCCCCUUUACGUCGCUCUCACCUCUAAGCCACAGGCAUUUCAACAUGCCGCAGUGAAGCUUCGCCGAGACAACAGACUCUGUGCCCACGAAAUGAGGACGACAUCAGCAACUGGACCGUCGCCCGCCUCCGUCGGUCCCUGAAAGCAAGAGGCAUCGCAUUCCACCGCAACGACAAUAAAGCAAGGCUAUUCCUGCUCUACAAUUCCUCCACAAAUACCACAGCUGCAGCAGCCGUACAUCCUGCGCUUCCUGCUUCCCCGCCCGAGCCAAUCACCGCCACUAAUAUCAGGAGUGAUGUCACAGAACAGCUCCCUCGACCACAGCUCGCCUCAUCGGCUCCCCCUGGCGGGGACCAGGCCGUAUCACCCCCUGUGCCUGCUCCCUCUGUGUCUGACUCCUUUCAAGCUAUCACAGCUUUCUUUACCUCCCUGUCUUCGCAGGCUGCACCAAGUUCCCGUGCACAUAUAUCCUUUCAUCCCAACUUCCCUUUCUCCUCUCUUCCCUCAGCCUCAAACAACAAUUUUGUUCCCCCUCUUACCACCAUAGCCAGUUCCUCAGCUCUUCAAGGAGCCCCACCAGCAAUUCACAACACUGGCUAUUCUCGACCCCCUCCGUUUCCUACUGAUCUAUCCUAUCAACCCUCCCUCCCCAUCCCCACCCCCUCCCUUCCCCAACACACAAAUGUAUUUCCGCCUCCUGUUCAUAAUUGCACACUAGCCACAGCCGCUACACCUAUUCAACCAGCCUCAUCCAACAACUGUCCGUCACCCAUUUCACCGGCACUAUGCCAACAAAUUCUCUACGGUAAUUACGUCGACCUAGCUCAGCUACUCCACCAUCCACAACUGACACAAGACAGCCUAGGGAGAUGCAAACCAAUAUUCCGCCCAGUUCAGCUCCGCGACCCACUUCCAUCCAGGUCAAAAGACCUAACACCAGCAGAAUUUGCCUUAGCAUAUUCACUCUCCCGUGACACCAUCUGUUCAGUUUUUCAUCAUCUCGCAGGUCAGAGCUCGACGACUACCUCUCCAUAAUCCUAGACAUGGCCCUCCCACAUUGCCACAGCAUGCAUCGUAAGCGCCCCACCACCCUGUCCACGCUCACCCUCCUCUCACAACACCACAGUCUUUUAACUCUUUCACCUCCACCUCCAAUCAUACCUAAGUCCCUAGACAUUCGACCCACUGUCAAUGUUCCAAUGCCAAAAGGAGUCGACAAGAGAUGA